AUGGUUGAAGUAGCAAAAGAUUUAACAUUGGGCAAUGUGACAAAAUACAUCAAUGACAAAGUGAAAUUGGUAACAAUGAUACAUGACAUGAUUUGUAAAAUCUUUUUGGCAGUACCAUCUUGUAAUAAAAAUAAACUUCCAGAUAUAAAAGUAUAUGGAAUCAUUAUUUCAAAAUUACAAUUUGAACUUUAUCCACAAUUAUAUAUUCUAUGCAAGAUAUCAACGUUUGAAUUACCUAAAACAAAAUUCGGCUUUUCUUCUUUAAAUGAUGCAAUGAAGAGUUUUAUUAGAUUAUGUGUGUUGAUGAAUCAAAACCUUUAUAAUAAUGGACAAGCUUUAAAUAAAGAACAAGAGGGUGAUUUUAUUUGCAAAUCACCUAUGAAAAGAUAA